UCAUCAUCUUCAACAGCUGUUACGAUUUGAGCAUACUGAUUACAGAGGGAUUCCCUUUUGCCUACCGAAUCCACGGUUUCUCUCUCCUCUCCUUCUUCCAGCUGCUGCCUAUUCUAUCUCUUUCCUUGCUUCUUCUGCUUAUGAAUCUCUAACCAUGGCUUCUGUCUUCUCGCGAAUUCAGUUUACUCGACGCUUGUUAAUUCAGUCUUCUACUCCACUCUCUUUCUGCCCCUCCAAGUUCCAGAUCAUUACAUCUUUCUUCUCUAAGGGACAGACUCAUCAUUACCAGUCUAUCUCAUCACGUUCAAUACACAGACCUUCUACUGUUAUUUAUUCACAAAUGGCUACACAAUCUCUUGGUGGCAAAGCUUCUAUCUCAACAAGUGAACCCGUGGUAUCAGUCGAUUGGUUGCAUUCUAAUCUUAGAGAGCCUGAUAUCAAGGUGUUGGAUGCAUCCUGGUACAUGCCAGAUGAACAAAGAAAUCCAAUUCAAGAGUAUCAGGUUGCCCAUAUUCCUGGUGCUCUCUUCUUUGAUGUAGAUGGGAUAUCUGAUCAAAAAUCCAAUUUGCCACAUAUGUUACCAUCUGAAGAAGCUUUUGCAGCAGCUGUCUCUGCUUUGGGUAUUGAGAACAAAGAUGGGGUUGUUGUCUAUGAUGGGAAGGGAUUAUUUAGUGCAGCUCGAGUUUGGUGGAUGUUCAGAGUUUUUGGGCAUAACAAAGUCUGGGUAUUGGAUGGAGGUCUUCCAAAAUGGCGUUCAGCAGGAUAUGAUGUUGAAUCUAGUGCAGCUGAUGAUGCAAUAUUGAAAGCUAGUGCUGCAAGUGAUGCAAUAGAAAAAGUUUAUCAGGGACAAUCAGCUGGACCAUUUACUUUUAAGACCGAAUUUCAGCCACAUCUAGUUUGGACACUUGAACAGGUUAAGAGUAAUAUUGAGGAUAAAACACAUCAACAAAUUGAUGCUCGGUCAAAGGCUAGAUUUGAUGGAGCAGCGCCAGAACCCCGAAAGGGAAUAAGAAGUGGGCAUGUGCCUGGCAGCAAGUGUAUUCCUUUUCCCCAAGUGUUAGAUGCCUCACAGACACUCCUUGGUCCAGAUGAGCUUAAGAAACGAUUUGAACAAGAAGGGAUCAAUGUUGAGAAGGCAGUUGUUACUUCAUGUGGUACGGGUGUCACUGCUUGUGUCCUGGCCCUGGGACUACAUCGGUUGGGAAAUUCAGACGUGGCUGUGUAUGAUGGGUCAUGGACAGAAUGGGGAGGUGACCAGGACACUCCUGUCCAUACAUCGUCGUCUACUUGACCAAGAACCGCAACUUUUUUGAUGGAUCUUCCGAAUAAAGAUUAUACAGUUACUUAAUCCAUUAUUUCGGUUUCUUUUUUACUUCUUCACCUUCAGUUUCCUGUGUCCAUAAUAAAUGGUGGGAUUAAAAGUUUGAUUGGCUUGAGAAUCUGUCGUUGGAUUACCUAGAACUUGCUUUGUUUUACAUAUGA